AUGCCAUCAUCGACGAUUCCCAUCACCAUCAGCCACCUCGGCUCCCUAAACGUUGGCUACCGCCUCUCCAACAAUGCAAUCGACCCAUCAAAGCCAACAUUAGUCUGCAUAAACUCCAUGUGCAUGACUACCGCACUCUUCUCUCCCCAGUUUGAAUCACCAGAACUCAAUUCCGCACUCAACAUCCUCGCCAUCGAGCCCCUUGGUCACGGCUCAACGUCUUUUCCCACCAAGGCCCGCCACUUCACGUACUGGGACUCCGCCGCCGUAGCUCUGGAAGUCAUGACCGCGCUCGGUGUCAACAAAGCCUUCGUUUUAGGCACCAGCCAGGGCGGGUGGAUGGUAGUUCGUAUGGCUUUGCUCGCGCCCGAACGCAUUCUCGGCGUGCUUCCUCUGGGGACGAGUAUGGACGCUGAAACGGCUGAGUCGAGAAAAAAAGGAUGCUGGGACCCUGUUCCGCUUUUGCAUCCGUUCGCUGCGAAGUGGGCAAGUGCGACUCCAACGCCGGAAUUUGAGAUUGACGACACGUGGUGCGGCAUGGUUGCGAGCUUCGGAUUUGGCGCGCAUGCGACGAAAGAAACGACUGAAUUCUGGACGCAGGUGCUGAAGGAGACGUAUGCUGGAGAUGAGGGGAGGCGGAAGGCGAGAAUGGCGGUGCUGUGUCUCAUGACGAGAGAUUCGUUAAACCUCAGGCUCGCUGAUAUUACUUGUCCGGUGCAUUGGCUCCAGGGUACAGAAGAUACACCGUAUGGGUGCAAAGUGCAGAAAGAGCAACUUGAGCUGUUUACCGGAAGCACUGACAAGAGGUUGAGCAUUGUGGAGGGAGGUGCGCAUUAUCUGAAUGCAACGAAUGCAAAAGAGGUGAACGAGGCGGUUUUGGCGAUGCGUGCGUUACCUAAAAUGUCAUCGCAACUCUCGCCGGAACAACAAAAAGGCCUCAUCCACCACGUCAAAUAUGGCGCGCCAUCACGUCGGGCCCAGGCGGUCCAGAUUCGCGCCGCACCCAGAUCCGAAUCCGAAAUGAAACCCUUCAGCAGACCAAAGCAGGCGGCAUGGGACAUGAAUCUCAAUGCGGAACAGAUACGUCGCUUGCUGAUGGGCUUCAAACCACAGGAUAUGGACGACAAGUGGAUGAUCUAUUCCAAGGGCCCUUUGCGCAAGGAGAACUUGGAAGGGCGCGAUGAUCCAAAUGCAUCUGUGUAUAUGUACAGGAGUUGGACCGGAACUCUGUGUUUCAAGGUCGAUCUGGUGGUUGAGGACGUCGCGGAUACCUUGUCCCGACUCGAAGCCCCAGUGGAACUCCAGGAGGGAUUGGAGGCAAGCGCUGAGCAAUCCGACACGGACGCCGAGGGAUCUGAGACUAGCGAGAAAGAGGACGAGACGGCCAAAGAACAAAUCGCAGGCCGGAUUGUGGGGCUUACGUGGGAAACUGAUGAAGAAAUGGCGAGAUUGGGCGACGAGCAGAAGGCUAAAGAAUACGCGGGUAAUGUCUGCAAAUAUGUCCUACGGGUCUAG